CGGGCGCUCUUCGUUGCUCCUCCGAAAAUAUAAAUAUCCUGCCAGGCAGCCAGCCAGCAGAAAUAAACAAAAACCACAACGAAAGCCAAUUGAAACCUGUGGCCACUUGUCACACACACACGUUGCCCCCCAAGUGCCAGUGACAGUUGUCUCGAGUGGUUAAAAUAUAGGAAAAAAAUAAAAAAAAAAAGAAUAUAUAGCCGGCUGGGCAGUGGAGUUCGCGUGUGCGUGUUUCGAUUUUGCGGCACUACAAAAACCGAUACGAAACUCCAUUUAUGACCGCCGUAAGUCGUAAGUCGUCUUGUACGUGUUUACAUUAAAAAAAAAACAACAAAAAUACCAAAAUAAAAGAAAAAACCCAAGGAAACGUGCGGCAAAUUGCGGGCAGUAACUUCUUACCGGAGUUGGGGGGAAAUCAAAAAGAAAUUCCAUUUUAACAAAUCGAUUUUGCUGGCCUUUUUUUAUAUUUUCCUAUGCGGACAGCAAUAUAAAUAGAGCUACGGUUGGGCUAAUGACAGAUUAAAUUGUUGGCACCAGCCCAACAAAAAAAAAAAAAUAAAGAAAAAUAAAUAAAAUAGAAGCAAGCCAAAUAUCACAAAAUCGCAAGGCAUUAAAAAAUUACGAACAGCGCGUGUUAAAACUUUGAGCUGUUAUCAGUGAGGCCGUGGCAGGAACAACAACAACAACAACAAGUAAAACAACAUUAACAAUAAACUGCGAUAAAAAGGCAAAAACAACAACUAAGCGGUAAAGUUUCAUUAUUUUUCGGGAGGCAGCAGGCAAAUCAGGAAGGACAAUGAAGGCGUCGCGACUGGCGGCCUCAUCCAGCCACUCCUCCUGCCCACAUCAUCCUCAUCAGCCGAGGCGGAUGGAAGGCGCGUGUUGAGCAAACAGGUCUAGGCCAAAUUAGAGACGAAGCUUUGGAUACCCUGUUCCCGUGUCGCCGACAUCUCGUCGUUCGCCUGCAAUUCAGGAAAUUCGAGAGCAGACUAGAGGGAAAAGCAACCUGCGGAGGAUUGGGAAAUGGAGUGGAGCCCAGUCGGAGCUUUGAGCAAACACUCGAAACACCACGGAGGAGCCGGAGCAGGAGCCACAGCCAGGAUGAGGACGAACUUUCGCGGGCUUGUUUGCAUUGCAGAUUGCAAUUACGCGUACUCGCGUUUUAACUUACGCACAGCAUCGGGCCAUAGAUAAGUCCCGCGUAAUGAUGGCUGGGAACGGGAAGCUUUAAUCAGGACGCGUUGUCUCAAGUGACGGGGAAAAUUGAAGACAUGUCAGAGGCCAAAGUUACUGACCUCCUUCUGGCCACGACAAUGACAUUGCCUGCAGCAGGAACAGGAGCAACCACAGCAGCAACAGCAACAGCAGCCUCCGGCAGCCUGAGCAAAUCGAUUGCAACAUUCGUGGCAGGUAGCGUCACAACUACAACAUCCACAUUAACAUCGACAUCAGCAUUAGCAUCAGCUUCAACAUCAGCUUUAGCCACUGGCAACAGUAGUCACCUCCUGCAUCCCGCCACCACUCUUGCCACAACUGCAACAUCUGCUGCUUCUGCGACUGCUUCUACUGCUGCCACAACAUCAACAACGAGUCUGCCUAUAACCCCACAAUUUGUAGAUGCCUCGUUGACUUCGCUAUCGUUAACAGCCACCUCGUCCUCGUCCUUUGAUUACUUCUCCUCCUCCUCCGCCUCGUCCUCGGAGUCACCCUUCGAGCUCCUAGCAAACACAACGGGCAAUGCCACCAACAUCAUCAUCGAUCCCGGCCAAGAGCCGGAGGAGAGCUGGCUGGAUAUGUCACUGCUGUUGCUGAAAGGAUUCAUUUUCUCGUCAAUUAUCCUGGCCGCGGUCCUGGGCAAUGCAUUGGUCAUCAUUUCAGUCCAGCGCAAUCGAAAGCUGCGGGUGAUAACCAAUUACUUUGUCGUGUCGCUGGCCAUGGCCGACAUGCUGGUGGCCCUCUGUGCGAUGACGUUCAACGCCUCCGUGGAGCUGUCCGGCGGCAAAUGGAUGUUCGGGCCGUUCAUGUGCAACGUGUACAACAGCCUGGAUGUUUACUUUUCCACGGCGAGCAUCCUGCAUCUAUGCUGUAUAUCGGUGGACAGAUACUACGCCAUAGUGCGUCCACUGGAGUAUCCCCUGAAUAUGACACACAAAACGGUCUGUUUUAUGCUCGCCAACGUGUGGAUCCUGCCCGCCCUCAUCUCGUUCACGCCCAUCUUCCUGGGCUGGUACACCACCGAGGAGCAUCUAAGGGAGGUGUCCCUCCACCCGGACCAGUGCUCGUUUGUGGUCAAUAAGGCCUACGCCCUCAUCUCCAGCUCGGUCAGCUUUUGGAUACCCGGCAUCGUGAUGCUGGUGAUGUACUGGCGCAUCUUUAAGGAGGCCAUUCGACAGCGCAAGGCUUUGAGCCGCACCAGCUCUAAUAUCCUGUUGAACAGCGUCCACAUGGGGCACACCCAGCAGCCCACCAACCUGAGCUAUCUGCAUCCCAGCGACUGCGAUCUGAAUGUGCACUCCGCGCGGGAGGAGACCCAGAGUGCGCUGAGCAACUUGGAGGACAUGCUGCAGCCGGCCACCGAUGAGGACGACGACAGGGACGAGUGCGAUGAACUGCGCGUCCCUUCGCCACCGCCACGCCGUCUCAGCCGGAGCAGUAUCGAUCUCCGUGACCUGGAGCAGGAGCGAUAUGAGAAGGUCACGCACACGGACAGCGCUCCCUCGAUGAUGGCCUUGCAGCAGCAGCUCCAGCCUUCACACAACCAGCUGCAGCCACCAGUGCCGCUGUUCAACCCGCAGAUAUGGACAGAGGGCAAGCUGCUCGUUAAGGAUGUGGAAGAGCCGCAUCCUUUACAUCCCACGGCGCCGCAGCAGCAGCUCAGCCUGACCAGCGGCAGCGGGAACAGCGAACCGGAGCCGGAGUCCCAGGCCUACCGCGUCUUCGGGCUCAACAGCGACGAGAGCGAGGGCACCGACCUGUACGACACCCACCUGCCGCUGGCUGAGGAUAACAAGGAGCUAAAGCGGCUCAUUGAGGACAACUACCUGUACUUCAAGCGGCAGACGGGCGGCACCAUUAUCAGUGGCCCAGGAGGCGGCAAGUAUGCCGCACUCAGCGAGACGGACUUCAUUCGCCUCAAAGCCGGAGCAGCGGCCUGUGGACGGAAACCGUAUGCGGCCAGCGACUCGGAGUUCCUGCGCACCAUCAGCGAGUCCAGAGCUGCCAGCAAGGAGCAGACGCUGCCCGCCGGCAAGGAGAAGGGUUUCAACAUCCUCUCGCUGCUGGCCAAGACGAAGCGCUCCAGUGCCGAGUGCUUUGCCCUGGAGCGGAAACGACACCAGGCCAAUUCCGAGGGCUCCAGCUUUUUCCGGCGCGCACGGAACCGGAAGCUGUCGCACAGCUACAACGGAUGCGGCGGCGGUAAGGAACGCAAACUUGAGCGACGCCAGCGGCAGCACAGUGACACGGACUCCACGCCUAAUAAGCCGGACAUCCUGCUGGACAUCAAUGUGCUCAGCGAGCAGAACGGCGCCAGCGUGAUCCAGCAGUUCAGCGACGGCGUCCAGUUGAUUGACUUCAGCGAGGUGAAGACCCCGGACUCCCAGCUCCGGCCGCGGCGCAGCGACGACGAACUGGCCCAGCUGGCGGACUGCUUCGGGGAGUCCCCCCAGCAGCCGGCCACGCCGCCGCCGUCGCUUUCGCCGCCGGAACUGCCGGAGCCGAGUGGCUUGCUCAUUGCCAGCAGCUCGGAGCUAGCGGAGAUCUUCCGGUCGCUCAGCUUUCCGCUGGGACGGCCGGCCGGUGCUCCCCAGCGCCUGAGCACGCUCAGCGACCAGGUGUGCGCAAACUACCUAAUGUCCCCACCGAAUACGCCGGCUCCGCAGACCACAGGCAGCGGAUCAGCCAUUGACUCCAACGCCAAUAGCAACGGGCAGCCGGCGUCCAUCAAUGUGUACUUCCUGUCGCCGCCGCCGCAUGCCGCCGGACCCGGUUAUACGCCCAGCGACACCUCCACCGUGUCCCUGGAUGUGGUGACCACUCUGCCAGUACCCGUUCCAAUGCCCGUCCCAGUGCCGUCACAGCCAAAUCCCCAAAUGCCCUCGCCCAAGCCGGAGAUCAUACUCGAUUCCACGCUGUCGCCCGUGGAGGCCGGUUCCGACGAGCACAAGGAUGUCACGUCGCCGCUGUUCAAGCGCAGAGAUAGCAACGGCGAUGCGGACGUGAGCGUUUCCGGCGGAAAUGGAGGGGGUGGCGGAGGAGCGCGACAGCGCUGCAGCAUCCUGGCUGGCUACGAUGGCAUCCAGACGGUGCGCAAGCGACAGGCUUCCGUGGUGACCUAUGACGUGAACGUCAUAAACUUUUCGCAGGAGAACAGCGACAGUCGCAGCUACAUUCCCAUGGGCCGUGUGUCCACGAGUUCAGCAAAGCACGAAUUUUCCAAUAAAUCCUCGCUGAUCCGACGCGGCGGCAUCUGCAUCUUUGUGGAUGAGGAGGAGGCGGAGAUCAUUGAGCAGCGGCCCCGCGGCAUCACCUUCGCCCCGGUGUCCAGUCCGUUGCCCAAGUGUCCGCUCUGCGGCGCCGACAUCAGCACCACCAACACCACCACAACCAACGCAAACGCCGGCACCACCACUGAAACCACCAAAGUUCCACCAAGUGCUAGUGCCAGUGCAAGCGCAAGUCCAAGUGCUAGUAGUAAACGUAGUAGUCACGCCACAGCUCCGGAUCUUGGCCAGGGUUCGCGGUCCAGGUCCACUCGCUUUUGGCACAAUCGCAGGGCGGCGGUAACGGCAUGUUGGCAGCAGAGCAAGAACCGGAAGCGCCGCUUCGAGACCGGAUGCAGUCACUGUGGUGCAACCGGCGGCUCCGUUCGUCCGGCCAAAGGAUGGAAGGCCGAGCACAAGGCCGCCCGCACCCUGGGCAUCAUCAUGGGCGUCUUUCUGCUCUGCUGGCUGCCCUUCUUCCUGUGGUAUGUCAUCACAUCGUUGUGCGGCCCCGCCUGCCCCUGCCCCGAUGUUCUGGUAGUGGUGCUCUUCUGGAUCGGCUACUUCAACUCGACACUGAAUCCGCUUAUAUAUGCCUACUUUAAUCGGGACUUCCGCGAGGCAUUCCGCAAUACGCUGGAGUGUGUGCUGCCCUGUCUGGAGAAGCGAAAUCCCUACAACGCCUACUACGUCUAGACCGGACGGAUGCGGAUUCUGAUACCGUUGUCGAUGAUGCCCCCCCUCUUUUCGAUAUGGAACAAUGCCCCUAUAAGUGAUAUUUAAUACUCGAGUGAAUCGUCGUUAAACCAAGAGACAAGGCAGCAAAAACAAAGCCGGGAAACAGCAAAGAAAAGCAAAGGCAACGCAAGCAAGCAUCUAGCUAGUAAAAUCCUUCGAGCUAAGCAAUACUCAAUGUGUGUUUAUUACGUAUACGUGUGUACAUUUCCAUUUAAGCAACGAUAGGGAAUUUAAAAAUUAAACUUAAGUUGUGUUCUGCUGGGGAUAGUGCUGUCCCCCAACCUAUACUAUCCAUAUAUAAGUGUUGUUUGUCCAACUAAACAGAAGAUAUACGUAACGAUAUACAUAUGACAGUCAAACAAAAAAUUAGAGAAUGUGCAGCUAUGCUUGGAAAAACACAUAAAGUUGAAACGAAAUGUUGUCUAAUUAGAUUUAAGAAGAAUGAAAACUUUCUACUUCGGUUCAUCGAAGAUAUGACACUUUUUCUAAACAUUAAAAAUAUUUAUUGUAAUUGUGGGUCUAUUUUUAAACCCUCAAAAUUUGUAUUUAUUUUAAUUAUUUAGUUAAAAUGUGAGAAUAGUUUUUAACUCGUGUUAUUUUAACAUUAAAAUAUAUUAUUUCCCUUACUAAUAAGUAAUUUAAUUCAACUACAUCCAUUUUAUUGUUCAACUUAUGUUACAAUGAGUAGUAAAAUCAUGGAAAAAGUGUCCCUAACCUAGUCUUACCCUAAGUAUCAUAUAUAAUCUAGACCUACAUGUAUUAGCAAACCAAAUCUACAUAAUCGAGAGUUACAAACAAAUUGAGAAUUAUAAAUUAUGCAAACGAAAUGAAGCAAAAACUAGAAAUUAGCGAAUGAAAGGUAAUUGUUGUGUAGGUGACAUUAUGAAUUUUCAAGCAGAAAGACAAUCUACUAAAAUGUGUAAACAAGAAUGAAGUUCGAGACAACCCAAAAUUGGCAAGCUGUAGAAAAUUUCGCCAGUCGCUGCAAAAUCGAUUCGCUUAUUUCAAUUUAGUUAGUUCGAUUCCUCCGUCCCUCCUACCACCACCAACCUCCCUCCUUUCCUGAGUUGCGACGACUUUUGUGAUAGUAAAGGAAAUUGAUUGUAUUUCUAGUUGAAUUGGUUUGCGUUGAGUCAGUAAUGCAUCCCGUCUAAGUAUCUGUGCGAUGUGUGAGCGCGUGUAUGUUAUAUCUUUAGGUAAUGCCAUGUAUCGCUAUGUAU